UGCAAAGAAAAAAAAACCAACCACAACAAGCGCGGAGUUGCGAGGGAGACAGCAACUCUUGCUGCAUGCGAGCAGCUGGCCCUCUGAACAUGAUGCUGUGGUGAUGAAGGCAAGGUCUUGAGCCAAGGGUACCUCCCUCUGACACUUCCUUGGCAUCCAGGGGGGAUCUUGGCAUGAGGAACAGCCUUCCUCAAAGAUGGGCAGCCAUGAGAAAGAUCCCUCGUCUCCCAAAAGGGCUCUGCCUCCCUCCCGUUCCAACAGCACUGUGUCCUCCAAACACAGCAUCGCUCGACAGGGUUCGGAAAGCUGGGAGGUGGUGGAUGAGCUGCGGCUCCAAAGUGGUGUCCAGGAGCCAGAGAGGCAGGAGGGCUACCUGUUAAAGAAGAGAAAAUGGCCCCUGAAGGGCUGGCACAAGCGCUACUUUGUUUUGGAAGAUGGAAUCCUGAAGUAUGCCACAACACGGCAGGAUGUCUUCAAGGGGAAGCUGCAUGGCUCCAUUGACGUCCGCCUGUCAGUCAUGUCAGUCAACAAAAAAGCCCAGCGCGUGGACCUGGACACAGAGGAGAAUAUUUAUCAUCUCAAGAUAAAAUCCCAGGAGCUCUUUAAUAAUUGGGUGGCCAAGUUGUGUGCACACCGCCAGGUGGAGAAGAUGGAUACAUCCCAACAGCAGUUCCUCAUGGGGAGUCACAACGGAAAAGGUCCCUAUCCUGCACAGGCCUGUGGCUCUCGGCAUCGGGUUCAGAUGUCAGAAAGUGCCCCGGCCUUGUCUUCUCUGGCCUGUCCCCGAGACAAGGUGAAUUCCUGGCUGAAUGACAGCAAAGGUCUGGACAGGUGCUCAGCAGAGCUCUCCGACUGUCAAGGGAAACUUCAAGAGCUCAACCAGAUGCUGCAGAAUUUGGAGUCUCUCCACCGCAUUCCUUCUGCCCCUCUCAUCUCCCAUAGUCAGACCUCAACAGGUACAGAGAGAGCCCGGAAGGGGAAGCGAUCUACCCGGAUCUGGUGCACUCAGAGUUUUGCAAAAGAUGACACCAUAGGCAGGGUGGGCCGUUUGCAUGGUUCUGUGCCGAACCUCUCGAGAUAUUUGGAAUCAUGUCAGAACCAGGCCCUCUUCAGCCUCCCUCCGGAAUACAGCCAGCUACAGAGAAGUUUCUGGAUCUUAGCUCAGAAAGUUCAUGGUUCCCUCAGUAGUGUGUUGGCUGUGUUGAGUGUGGAGCGGGACCGCCUCCGGGAGCUGCAACAGACACUGGAUUUGCAGCGUUCCACUGCACCCGCUGUGCAAGGUGGCCGGGGGAAUGGCAUUGGCAUGGCAGUAGCUGGGGCUUCUCUGCAAAUGUUAGACAAUCCAGAAUGUCUGCGACGUUUCCAUUCUUUGUCCAUCUCUUCGGACACCACCCUGGAUUCCUUCGCCUCCUUCAAUGCCGAUGAGGUCAGCAUCGACAGAGACUGGGCUUUGGAGCCAAACAAUGUGUUGGUUAAGGGCCAGGAGCAGCAUCAGGUGUCCAAUCGCAGCAUCGUGUCCCUCUCAGACUCACACACAGAGUUCUUCGAUGCCUGUGAAGUUUUCCUGUCUGCCAGCUCCUCCGAGAAUGAGGCGACGGAUGAUGAGUCCUGCCUCAGUGAGGUGACCAACAGUCUCUUGGUGGCGGCGACUGAUAUGGUGGGAAUGCCUGCCCGUUGUCCAAAAGGCUCAAGUGCAGUGCAUUGUUUUGGGGACCCUGAGAUGAGUCUAGGACCAAUGGUGUCUCUCCCUUUGUACCUCCCUGGGCCGGGGCCGGGAAUCACACGGCGGAACUGUCUUCCGGCCUCCCACGUCCACACCAGCGAUGUCAGCCUAUGGAACAUUCUCCGCAACAACAUUGGAAAAGACCUCUCCAAGGUGUCCAUGCCAGUUCAGCUGAAUGAGCCCCUCAAUACGCUGCAACGACUUUGUGAGGAACUGGAGUACAGUUCCCUUCUGGAUGCUGCCAGCCGUAGCCUGGACCCCUGUGAAAGACUGCUCUGCAUGGCUGCCUUUGCCGUCUCAGCUUACGCCUCCACCUACUUUCGUGCUGGCAGCAAGCCAUUUAACCCUGUGCUGGGGGAGACGUAUGAGUGUGUGCGGCCAGACAAGGGCUUUCGUUUCAUAAGUGAGCAGGUAUGCCACCAUCCACCCAUCUCUGCCUGCCACGCUGAGUCUGAUAACUUCGUUUUCUGGCAAGACAUGAAAUGGAAAAACAAAUUCUGGGGCAAAUCCCUCGAGAUAAUCCCUGUGGGUACAGUGAACGUCCAGCUUCCUAGGUUCGGGGACCACUUCGAAUGGAACAAGGUGACUUCCUGCAUCCACAAUAUUCUCAGCGGCCAGCGAUGGAUCGAGCAUUACGGCGAGGUGCUGAUUCGAAACACACGGGACAGCACCUACCAUUGCAAGCUCACCUUCUGCAAAGCACGGUACUGGGGCUCCGGGGUGAAUGAAGUGCAGGGCGCCGUUCUCAGCCAUAGCGGCAAGGUCAUCCACCGGCUCUUCGGGAAGUGGCACGAAGGGUUGUAUCGUGGUGUGGCCCCCGUCGGCAAGUGCAUCUGGAGGCCUAACCCUAUGCCUCGGGACUACGAGAAGAAUUACGGGUUCACUCAGUUUGCCUUGGAGCUUAAUGAGCUAACGCCGGAGCUCAAACACCUCUUGCCAUCUACAGACACAAGGCUGAGGCCCGACCAGCGGUAUCUAGAAGAGGGCAAUGUGCAGGCCGCAGAGUCCCAGAAACGACGGAUCGAGCAGCUGCAACGUGACCGGCGUCGGGUGAUGGAGGAUAACAACAUUCUUCAUCAGACUCGCUUCUUCAGGCGGAAUGUGGACACCAACAGCAAAGAAUCCUGGGUAAGCAACGGCACCUACUGGAAGCUGAGGGCGGAGCCAGGCUUCAGCAAUAUGGACAGUGCAGUCUUGUGGUAGCUGCCAGCAUCGCCAGGAGUGGCUGUGCCUUUUCUACCCCCAUCCCCCAAGAUGGGGGAGCAGACGACAAGAGGUCCCCUGCCAGAUAAGCACAAAAGGUGAUCAGGGCAUGCAAUUCUGGUAUACCAGCACUGCAGGAAAAGGGCGGCAUUGAUGUGUUCCUCUGGGCACUUCCAAAGCAUCUCUCCGGCAUAACCCCCUUGAAAAGGGUCCCACAGGCUGUCUCACAUUUCCGCAUUGCUGCCUGCUGGUAAGGCUCACCCUGACAGAACCCUGGAGUGCUACAGCCGCCAACCAGAAGCACUUUAACAUGGUCUGCAUCAAAACGGUGGGGUGAGUGACAUGAAAUACCCCCAAUGUAACCGGAAAAGAAGAGAUGGACCUUUCUCAGAUCCUGCCUUUUGGCUCAGAUGAAGCAGCGACAGCUAUAUCCUCCAGCAUAGAACUUGCAAAAGGUCAUCAGGGUGGCGGCUUGCACAGAAGAGCCCGGACACUAGAAAUGUUUGGGUUCUAUGUGGCAGCCCCCAUCUUGGGAGGCUAUGGCCACCACCUCUGCCUGGUUUCAUUUUCUUUUCAGCAGGACUCUCAGUAUGGGGAAGAGGCUGACCGAAUUAGAGGUACCUUCUCUCUCCAGGAGCAGUUGUGGAGGUGCCCUCAGAGGGAGAAACCCACUUCCUUUUUGCUCAUGAGGAGGCUGUAGCCAUUUGGCCCCAGUUGAAGUGAGGCUUCCUCUUCCUUUCCAGAGGUACUGUUACUGGUACCUGCUCAGUACCUCUAUCUCAGCAAAACCAGAACCUCUUUUCAACAGGGCGCCUUAAGGAAACACCACUUGAACUGGCCCGUUGUCAGGGCCAACAACAUUGAACCAGGAGAAUGUCUGUGUGUUUCUGUCUUGUCUGCUAAACCCCUCUUUCUUUCCCUCUCUGUUGUCUGGGAACAUGUGCUCUGCUGCCCCCCAUUUUCUUUCAACGUUUGAAGCAAUAAAAAACCCAAAAAAAAAACCCCACCAGCAUUUCCCACAAUUCUAUGCGGGAAAGUGAGUUUGAGAGAAAAUUGUACCUUCUCAUCAUGCCAGGAAUCUUUCAGGGGCUGCUUUCACACAGAGAUUUUUUUUCUUCACAUUCACUUCCACAGUGGAGCUGUUUUGUUUGUUUUUGUGCAUUUUUUCAUGUUUCUACAUAGUGUCCUGCUAUAAUCAUCCUAUUUCCAGAUCUCGCCUGUCCUCAAUAUGCUCUUUCCCAAACCUCCUCUACUUUUCAUCUUUUUUGGAAAGAAAAAGAGCCCAGGCAUGUUAGCACACCAUCUGGAAGAUGUGCUUUUUCUUGCCCUUCCAAGAUCCCAACCACAUUGGCACCCUUUCCCCUGCUGUUAUCCUCUCAUGGCUGCCGUUUCUCAGCAUCUUUUCCUGCUGCAUCUUAGGAGGGCAGGUUGCUUUUGUUUUUAAAAUCAGUGAGGGCUGUAGUGCUAUAACAAUCUAUUGCCACAUCUCCUUCAAAUUUUAAAAGAGCCAUUAUAGCUGUCUAGCACAUGCAUGAAGAAAAGAACAAAAAACAGAGCAGCCAUGACUACCACACCCCCUAAGAGUCAAUGUGGUGUCACUGCAGAGCAUGUGGGGGAGAGAAAAGACAAAGAAAGUGCAUAGAAAACUCCCACAUGUGGAAGCUUCAACUCCACUGGGCAUGCUUCUGCAUUUACUGUAGGUACAAGGCAGAACAGAGAAUCCUUGACGUGUAGAAACUAUAAGAGGUUCAGAAGCCGUGUACCAAUGUACAUAUCCUGAGCUGGGGAUAUUGCAGUUAGCUGCAUUCUGCAUAUAUGUACAAGCUUCCCUUCAGGACUGACCUCAUUGGGAGGAGGGGAGCCAUCUUUUCCUGUUUCCACAGAAGCUAGGGACAGCACUGAUCGGUUGACCAAUGAGUAAGGUUGCUAAAUCUCUUGCUCCAUCUGCUCACCUCCUCACAAAGUAUUUUCCCUCUUUUUUUUUGUUUUUGGAGUGGUUUUUUCGUUGAACAAAGAAGGCACUGAACAAACGUCAAGUGACCGUUCAUCCUGGGCUUUUAAAAAGAAAGCAAAGGUGGCUCAACAGUGAAUUGGCAUCCAGUUCAUUGAUUAGUACACCUGUGAAAUGAACUGCAAAAAGCAGAAAUGGGGAAGAGUGGGAUGAGCUCUUUGGUUGGGGGUGGGAUGCCCAGCAUGUUUCCAGGUUCAUCUGUAUGCUGGCAACUGGCAGGGGCACUUACCAGUGGCAGGAGCCCUUACUGCUGAUGUAAGUAACAUUCUGACGUCACUCCUCAUGUGCUAGGAAGUUAUGUCAUUGUGAUGCUGGGGACACUCUGGCAUACAGGCAAAACUCUAUGGUUAACCCUAUGUCCUUAUACCAGAGUGUCCCUGGUAUCCUCCAGUGACAUUCUGACAUCACUUCUGGACACAUGGGGUGUGACAUCAGUGUGUCAGGAUGCUGCCCUCCCUGCCCUCCCCCCUACUGGCCACCUAAGCAGUUUCAUUGUUAUUUUACUACACCAAUCAUUUGGGACUGGAUUGGCUCAUUCAUACAGGGGUAAAUCAAUUGGGAGUGGGUGCUUUUGUGCAAUAGCCAAUUGUGUGUGUAUGCCUUUUUAUGCUUUAAAAAAGUACAAGUUGGUAGGGGUUUCAGGAAGGACAACACCCACUUUAAGGAGAACUUAUGGAAGGAGAUGGAAAGUGUGAGGAUAUCUGCCCCAUAAAAGCAAAAGGGGCCAGAUAUCUUGGGAGGGGGUGCUAAGCUGCAUCAGAGUAGUUCAGGGUAGCAUGAAGCACUUUGCUCUCAGAGAAAGGAAGUGAAUCUUCUCUGACUUUUGAUCAGGCCUGCAUAGUGUGACCCACUGAGCCAAAGCUGGACACCUGUCAUAUAGUAUGGCCUGCUAGGUGCUUGACAAUCUUUCCCCGCUCCUCCAAUUUGUGUAUUCCUAGGAAGACAGCCAAAACUAUCAGAAUUUUAUCCCACCCUCACGGUUCAUACGUAGUCACCCCUUUUUACUUCAUAACAAUCCUGUGAAAUAGUUUAGGCUGAGACAGAAUGAUUGGCCCACAGUCACCCAACAAACUUCCAUGUUGGAGUGGGGAUUUGAAUUUGGGCCUCCCAGGAACUAGUUUAACUGUCAAACCAUUACAUCACACUGGCUGUCCAAAUCUGAGGCUAAUUUGGCUUGCAACUAAUGAAAUGGAUAAAGAAUAUUAGGUUUUGGGCUAGUAUUAUCACCCCCCGCGACACACACACACACACCAUAGAUAGGGGAAUUAUUGGAAGAUGCUGUGCUUUGUGAAGUUUUCAAAACACAGGUAAAUAUGGUUGUUUUUAUUAAUGCAAUGAACCUGUGUCUGAUUUUACUACUUAAGCUUGCAGGUAAGGAUUUCCAUGACCAAAACUCCUCCAUCCUACCCCACAGACUUUACGGUAGAACAGUGAAAGAUUCUGGCCUGGCUUUGUCUUAACAUUUUAGUUUUCUGUGUGGAGAGAACUUAUUUUUUGUGAUGAGCUUUUGGUCAUGUAACUCACCAGCAGUUAGAAGUGGUUCAGUCGUGUGACUUAGGCCACCACAAUGCAAAUAGGCCUGUGAGACUUUUAUCACAAAGUGUUCUCAGGGCCUUAUUCUGUGUACUUGUAUGUAAAGUCAGACCUUUCCCAUGAUUAUGAAAACACAUUUUCUUCCAUCCUGACUGCUUCUCUACAACAGCAGGAGAGAGAGAGAGUAUGAAUCAGCCCUCUGUGUCCUGGACUGUAGCUCUCUGGGCUGCCAAGUGGUCCCACACCUGUAUUCCUUUUCCUUUCUGGAGUCAUGGGUGUUUUUAGGAAGAGAGAGGAAUUCAGGCAGAAUGUGCUCUCACAACUUUUGGUUUGAAAAGAUAAAACACCGUGCUACCUUUUUACCUUUGGGUAAAUGAACAUCUCUCUCUGGUUUUCUUGUUUACAGUCUAACAUGAAUGUGAGGUUGAAGUUACCAGGGAGACUGGGGUUGCCAGACAUUUACAAAAAGCAGUUUGCUUUCCUUCCUUGGGGUGGAGAGAAUGGUUUAGGACAUUUUCUUUGCAGACCAGUGUCACGUUGAUUUUGGAUUGCUGACUUAAUGCUACAGUACUAGCGGAGGGCCUAGGACUUUGCAUUGAGGCAGUUCCCCUGUUGGCAAUGGACAGCGGCACUUUCUCAGCUUGCGGGAUUCAGCUCUUGAGCCCUGCUUGUGCUCUUCUUACUGAAGAGGCUGUUCUCCUAGCUGCUAGGGAAGGGGCAUUUUGACUCCUUUCCAUUGGCAUGUUCCUCCCACUUAGCCCCUCUCAAUUCUUCUCCCUGGCCCUCCAGUAGACGUUCUGUCUGUCUGUCUGUCCCUCUCUUUGUGCUGGGUGUCUUUAGCUUUUUGUCUGUCCUGCAAAGCAGGUCCGCCUGCUGUUCUCCUUGCCUGGCAGGCCCCAUGGCGAGUUGCUGCACUCUGUCAUUCGUGUCCAUGUGAAUCUGCCUCUGUUCUGUUCUGGUGUUGUGGCUUGAACAUUCCACAGUGUGUCCAAUAAAAAAAAGGUUUCAGAAAAUUCCACCAUGUGGCGGCCAUUUUGUUAAUCUUUUCCACUGGCCUU